AUGAAGAAGAAAGGGACUGUGGACUGCACAACGGAAGCGGUGAAGAAUAUCAAGAACGAGGCACGUGAAGUUACCCUAGGAAAAUGGCAACAGAGGUGGGAGGAGUCGGACAAGGGGAGGUGGACCUACGCCCUGAUCCCCCGCCUGAAGGAGUGGAUUUUAUGGGGGCCUCAAACCCUCAACUUUCACCUGACCCAGGUGUUAACAGGGCACGGGUGUUUUGGCACCUUUUUAUGGAAGAAAGCGAGGAAACAGGCCAAUGCGGAGUGCUGGUUCUGUCCGGACCUCGAGGACAGCCCGGAGCAUUUUUUGUUUGAAUGCAGCCGCUGGAAGAAUGAGAGACUGACCCUCUGUUCCAAACUAGGAGUGAACAUGAACAGGAAUAAUUUUAUUGAACUGCUUAGAGAUGGCACGAAAAGAGAAGGCAUUAUCAAGCACGUAGUAAGCACACUGAGAGACAAAGAGGCCUAUGAGAGAGGCAGGCAAAGAGAGGAGAAUAGAGUUAGGGAGGUACCUCCCACCGGCCGAAGAACCGGCCGAAGAAUAUAA